AUGGCAGAAAGUGAAAAAGCCUUUGUAACAACUGUAUCAAGGGAUGUAGAAGGAUAUUGGUCAUCAGGAGAUGAUGAUGACAUGGUGACUGGAAGGAACAUGUGUUUGAUGGCAAGAAAAAUUGUUGAGUGUGAUGAAGUAAGGGACGGGAAGAAAAUUUUGUUUUGGCUAGAUGAUUGGCUAAAGAAUGGGACUUUGGCAGUGAAAUUCCCUUCUUUAUAUGCGUUAGACAAGAGGAAAAGUUGUCUUUUAGGUGACAGAUGGGUGAAUGACGUUUUCUCGUGGGCUUGGAAGCGGAAACCCAACAAUUCUCAGGAGCUGUUGGAAUUGAAAUCUAUUUUGGAUGUUACAAGGAUGGUUGUUAGAUCCAAUGGGCCCGACACUUGGAGAUCAAGGUUAACUGAUGAUGGUUUUUUCCGUGUUUGCGAUCUUAGGGCCCUCAUUGACAGUAAAUUGACUACCCCGAUAAAUAACCCCACGGUUUGGCUUCACUUAGUUCCUAUCAAGUGCAUUAACUUUGUUUGGAGGGCUUGUUUGGGGCGUAUUCCUACUGCAGUAGCUCUUUCCAGGAGAGGUAUCAACAUUUCUUCUAUUUCCUAUCAAAUGUGCUUUAGUGGUGUGGACACUGCGGAUCAUAUUCUCUUGGACUGUCCGAUUGCCUUUGACUCUCUAAGCUGGAUUUUCAAUUGGUGUGACGUUUCUAUUCAAAGGUUCCUUUCGAUUUCAGAUUUUGUUAAUUUUGCCGCCUCAUGGGGGAACUGUCCAAAAAAGAGGAAAAUAUUUAUUGCUAUCUGUUAUGGGUUUCUAUGGUGUAUGUGGAAAGCAAGGAACGAUGUUUGGUUUAACAAAAUCCAAUUGAACUCUUCAAAGUUAGCGGAUAAUGUGAUUUCUAUGGUUUUUAGUUGGCUGAAAUCUAGGGGUAAUUUUGAAAAUUGUAGAUGA